AUGAAGGUGUGUGUAGUAGUGCUAUUAGGAAUUGCAUUUAGCGAAAUAGUUGGAGUUUGUAAUGGAAAUUGUGCAAGUAAUAGUACUGAGGAAAAUGGAACCCGCGUUCUGUCGAGAAGAAAAAGGUUCCUAGUGUUCCCAGAUGGCAGUUCGCUCCAACUUGUGUUCUGCGUCCAGACGGCAGCUGUUAUACCUAUAGGGGACAUUUUUCUCUACGGCAACACAGCAGCUCUGGCCUGGACUCUACCGUCCGACCCAAAAACCCUACUCUUGUUCAAAGAACAAGAAAACUUCGCACUCAGAAGAGGAGACAUGAAGAAAGUUAAAUACAUCAAUGAAAAUGGGAAAGUGAUUGCCUCUGUGCCUUUUAGCAGACCGAAUAUAGUGAACCCAGCGUUCGCUAAGCGCAGUGUGGACUCUUACAAGGAACUCCUGAAAACAAAGAUGGACCGCGCUAGGAUGCACGAGAGGCAAUUUCAGCGUUUCCUGAAGAAAGACCUGGACGAUAAUCUGGACUUUCACAGGCUGAGUCGCGUAGAGCUGUAUACCAAGAUAGAGGCGUUGAUCACUGCUCUAGGAGGCGACGGGCGGCGGUGCGUGUUAUACAAACUAUGCGAAUCUCAGCGCUCCACGACACAGGGCACAUUCCUACAAGAGCUCCUCCGAGUUGUCUUUACAUUACCGAAAGGGAAGGAGUUUGUUUCUGAGAUGCACAAGGAGUAUGACGAAGCACACAGCCAUACAGACGACUGCGCCCUGAGAUACCCCGGCUUAUUCUGCACCCAGAACCAUGGGUACCUACGUAUAGGUGACAUAGUCUGGUUCGGUAACACCGCGGCUCUGGCCUGGGAGUUACCCACGGACCCUCAACUGUUCCACAUCUUCAAAGACCACGAGAAGGACUUCGCACAGAACCGUAAUGGGGUCUCGAAGCUGAUAUACUUCUUGGACCAAGACGGCAAGGUGCUGUCGAAAGUACCAUAUAAGAGAAAACCAAUAGUCAAUCCAGCGUUCGCGAAACGCAGCAUCACCAGCGACACCAGGAAAAUGUUGCACGAAAACCAAAAACAACAAUAUGAUCAUCUAGAUACAAGUUCCAUAGAUUUCCACCGGAUGGGGCGACAGAGCUUCUACUCGCAUUUAGAAAAGUUUAUCAAAGCGAUCGGCUGGAGUGGUCAAGAAUGUGUGCUUCGCCUGCUCUGUGAGUUUGGAAAGACCAAAGGUGUGGCCGGCCAAGGCAUGUUUCUGGAGGAAAUCAUGAGAGCUAUAUUUACGCUACCCGGCAGUAAGUCGGUUCAAGAGCUGUACGACGUAGCUCACAACUCCCACGGGCGGUGCGACGAAUUGUAUCGUUGUGAGGAAUAUAAUGCAAUAAAUAUAUAA